AUGACGCGUUGGAUUAGAAAGCUCUUGCGCCUUGUUAGACUGUUCAAGGGGCGGAAUGGCUACGAGCGUUUAUCACCCCGCGAGGAGCCGCCCUGGUCUCCGUUCCUGGAGUUGCCUCUUGAUAUUCUCCUAGUUAUCAUACCAUACUUACAGCUGGUGGACCAGGCCUGCCUUGCGCUCACCUGCAAGCCUCUCUACAGACUACUGCGUUCUGUUCAUGGCGAUGAGCAACUGGCCUGGCCAAGGUACCUGGCUAGCCCAUUGCCUGCAUGCGAAUUUGGCAGUCAAUCGCACGUUUUACGCAAUGACCUCCUGCUCAAGCUGGAAGACACCCACUGGAGAUUUUGCCGCCGCUGUCUCAAGCUUCACCCGAAAAACCACUUUACAUAUGCAGAUACAUGGCGCCCAAGUUUAGAUCGAUACUGCAUCAUUGAUGUAGGUGUUGUUGAUCUGUGCGCCUGCCUUGCCCUGACCUACGCAAAUGGCAUACGGCUGGUUGAUUGGAUACAGACGGGAGUAGCAAGUCACGAUCUCCACCGAAACAUCUGUCGGAAAUUCCAACUCCGAGUGCUCAAGAAUACACGGUUCCUUAUCCACCGCUGUUCGGUGACAAGCGAACCUGACGCCUUCGUGGCCCUCACAACUACGGUGGCCCUCGGUUCAGACAACUGCCUGGUCGUCACGACCAGACACAACGUGUAUUGGUCAACACCGCACCAUCAUCCAGGAGAUUUCUCCGACAACCGUGCUAUCUAUCGAGCGCCGCAUAACAUCGAGUCCAUAUUUGCCUGCCCGCACAUGCACGCCCUUGCUUGGCUCUAUGGACAAUACUCACGUUUCCUAGUGCAUGAAAAGAGAUGCGGCGUUUGCGAUACAACACUCAACUUACUUCACUCUACCGGCGACGGCCUCCACUCUGUUAUCCAAGCCGAGCGCAAUUUGGGAAUCAUGUACAAUAACCUGAGCAAGCCCUGGGUGCAAUCGGGCUGUUCUCUAAGGUGGUGGAAGAGUUCUCGGCGCCCGGGAAAUCCGAUGGAGAGGUUAUGGUAUGAAUGGUCCCGGUGGCCCUGA